GGGUCGACAAUUUCCAAUUCAGUCUGGUUGGAGCCGCGGAUAAAUGUUGUUCUGAGCGCCUGCCUUUCGUUAAGUAUCGAAACGUUCGUAAAUCCGGUCGGCGAGUGUUUGCUUGAUACACGGCUGGGUGUGUGGUACCAAAUUCGAAUGGCCGUUGGUUGAUGACGAUCAGACCGAUUAUUUCAACAAAAGUGCGUAUCAACUAGUGGCUGUGUAUUUGAUAAUGUGAAGCGUUUGCCUAGUGCGGUGGAUUUGAAGUAUUCGAUAAGGAAACUGGAUUAUCAUUUCUUGUAAAGCCCCCCUCGGUCCCAACUCGAAGAUGUUUCUGCAGGGCAACCGAGGUGGGAGGUUCAUUACCAAAGUCAUCACUCUAGGAAUUAUCUGGGCCGUCAUCAUCUACACAGCACUACAGUUUAGAUCUAUCAAGUUGGACGUGCCGAUGCCACAUCUGAACAGCAGAUUCCUUUUGCAGAAAAGACUGGAUACUUUGACUAGGCAUGACUCCACAACGGAAGCCACAGACAUCGAACCAUCUGUGGACAAAAGUCCGUCGCUCUCCGAGGACAAACUGAUCAACGACAUCCAAAACAGACUUCCCAACUUGCCCAUCGUUUAUUGGAAUUUGCACAAGAACCAGCCUAUGGGCAUGAACCGCACGUGUGCCAGGUUUCCAAGCAUUUUGGACAUCGAAUUCAACAAUAAUUACUGGCAAACAUUGCACACUUCCAAUGGCACUUUCCACUUCUUCGGGGCCUAUUUGGACAAGAGGAAAAACAACAGAUUGGGGCCCACGGUACGCGUUCUGGGCAUGAUCGAUCGGAUCGAACCGACUGUGAUAACGCAUUGUCAAUUCUGGUUUGACGGCAAGAAGGAACCUGUGAUAGCUAAGAGCUUCGAGUAUAAAUAUAUUUGGUAUAAGAAAUGGGGGAACUACAAGCAGGGCAUCUUCCAGCCAUAUCUCACAGCCUGCGUGAUACCCCAAAAGUACAACAGUCUUGUGCCACAGUCCAUUUCUCUAGUUGAGAAGCCCUGUGAUAAUUCCACCAAUAAUUUGAGGGUUAUUUACGAUGCGCCAAAAGAGAAAAAAGAUUUUGCAGUUUGUGUUAAGGGUCUAGACUUUCUACAUGAAGAUCUAUCGGUCAGGCUGGUCGAAUGGAUUGAGCUGUUGAAUCUGUUGGGAGCUGACAAAGUAUUUCUAUACCAGCUCCAAGUGCAUCCUAACAUUACGAAAAUUCUGGACCAUUAUGAAAAAGAGGGAAAGGUGCAAGUUACUCCAAUCACACUUGCCGGAAUAUUGCCGAACGCCCCUGCGCUUCAGCACUAUUUCCUAUCGAAAAAAACGAACCAUAAGCGGCAAAACGAGCUAAUUCCAUAUAACGACUGUUUCUACAAGAACAUGUACAAGUACAAGUACAUCGCCUUGUUAGAUAUCGAUGAGGUGAUAAUGCCCAUAGAAGGGACCACGUGGAAAGACCUGAUGGAGAACAAAGUGCUGCCGAAGGCCUUGAAAAGCAACAAAGAGGAAAGGGCCUCGUACAAUGUGCGAAACGUCUAUUUUCUGGACGAUUUAAUUCACGAUCAUGGAUGGUUCAAAGAAAUUCCCAAGUACAUGCAUAUGCUGCAGCACGUAUACAGAACAAAGAACUUUACCAAACCGGGACAGUACGUAAAAUGUUUCCAUAACACCGAAAAAGUGCUGACUCUGCACAACCAUUUUCCACUCAGCUGUUUGGGCAGCGGUUGCACCUCGUACCCCAUCGAAACCACGGACGCUCAACUGCAGCAUUACAGGGCUGAUUGCGUGAAAACUUUAAAGAAAAGCUGCGAAGAGUUCAGAAAAACCUCUGUCAUGGAUACGACUAUCUGGAAGUUUAAAGAGCCCCUAAUUCAAAGAGUGAGUUCCACACUUAAAACACUCGGAUUCUUCAACAGCAAUAACAACUCCGACAUGCUUAAGGAAAGUAGCAUUAGGAAACGGUAACAGAGCAUCGUCUGAAGCGUCUUCAAGGCCUGAAGUAUUAAUGUUCCUCUAUAAAAAAAUUGUGGCUGACUUGUUUGCCUUCUACAAUUGCAACGAGCCCAAAAUAUGACCUAUUGUGAUAUACAGUUUAACACAA